AUGUCUAAUAACACAGAAACAGAUAAACAAGUGAAUAUCGGACCAUCUGGCAGGCAAAUCAUAUACGAUGAAGAUGGGAAACCGUUCUUUGUAACGGGCAAACUUACAUCUGAGAAGAGUGGUGCUGGUGCUGGUGCUAUGGCUGGUGCUACAACUGUUGAUAUGUCAGAUCAAACGAAAGACCUUCCCAGCGCUGCAUCAAAAGAACCUGCAAACUUAAUUCCUGGCUCUAAAUCUUUUACCAAAGUAGAUCCUCCAGAUGUGGAAGAGUUAGGGCGUUCUUCAUGGACUUUACUGCAUUCAAUUGCAGCAAAAUAUCCAAAUCGUCCAUCAGACACUCAAAAGCAGGAAAUGAAACAGUUCAUGACCAUCUUCUCCCAUGUCUACCCUUGUAAUUGGUGUGCCAAAGAUUUUGAGAAGUUUAUCAAACAGAACGCGCCAAAGGUCGAAUCUAAAGAAGCUUUAGGUAGGUGGUUAUGCAAAGCCCAUAAUGAAGUGAAUAGAAAAUUGAAGAAAGAAGAAUUUAAUUGCGAUUUGUGGAAGAAGAGAUGGGUUGAUGGAUGGGAAUGA